CGGAGCGGCCUGGGCAUGGGCAUGGGCCUGGGUGGGGGCCAUGCCCGGGCCGGUGGUGUGGGGGGCAUCACAGCCGUCACGGUGAACCAGAGCCUGCUGAGCCCCCUCAAUCUGGAGGUGGACCCCAACAUCCAGGCCGUGCGCAACCAGGAGGAGGAGGAGAUCAAAACCCUCAACGACAAGUCUGCCUCCUUCAUCGGAGCAGCAUGGACAUGGGCAUGUUGGACAACCACAUCAGCAACCUUUCGGCGACGGCCGCACGCACUGGGCCCGGAGCAGCUGAAGCUGGAGGCGGAGGGCUUGGCAACACGCAGGGGCUGGCGGAGGACUUCAAGAAUAAGUACGAGGGUGAGAUCAACAAGCGUGCAAGAGAUGGAGAACGGAUCUGCCCUCAUCAAGAAGGAUGUGGGUGAAGCUCACAUGCACGAGGUGGAGCUGCAGUCCCGCCUGGAAGGGCUGACGGACGAGAUCGCCUUGCUGAGGCGGCUGCACGGAGAGGAGACCCGUGGGUUGCAGAGCCAGGUCUCGGGCACACCCGUGGCCCCGUCCACGGGCAACAGCCGCCCCCUGGACGCGGGCAGCCCCAUCGCUGGGGUCCGCGCCCAGUACGAGGACAUCGCCAACCGCAGCCGGGCCGAGGCCGGGGGCAUGUACCAGGCCGCGUAGGAGGGGGAGCCGGAGGUUCUGGCAGAGAAGCACGAGCAUGGCCUGCGUCCCACGGAGCCGGGGAUCUCCGACAUGAACUACAGCAUCAGGCGGCUCCAGGCUGAGAUCGAAGAUCUCAGAGGCCGCAGGGCUUCCCUGGAGGCCUCCAUGGCGGACGCCAAGCGGCGCAGGAAGCUGGCGGUUGAGGACACCAAGGCCAAGGCGGGCGAGCUGAGCGCCGCCCUGCAGCGAACCAAGCAGGACAUGGCGCGGCAGCUGCGCGACUACCAGGAGCUGAUGGACGUCAAGCUGGCCCUGGACGUCGAGAUCGCCACCUACCGCAAGCUGCUGGGGGACGAGGAGAGCCAGCUGGAGGCCGGGAUGCCGAACACGAGCAUCCGCACGAAGACCGCCAGCGGCUUCUCAGGUGGGCUGAGCUCGGCCCACGGGAGCCUCGCAAGCCCGAGCCUCCUCGCAAGCCCUAGCCUCGGCCGCGCCCUGAACUCCUUCUCGCCCAGCUUCGCCUCGGGUGGGAGCCCCGGCUCCUUCAGCCGCGCCAGCUCCUCCAGGGCUGCGGUUGUGAAGAAGAUCGAGACCCGCGAUGGGAAGCUGGUGCCCGAGUCCUCCGAUGUCCUGCCCAAGUGAGCCGGGGCCCCUGCGGCCCCUCCAGCCUACCCCCUCCCCUCGAGUGGCCGCCAAAUAAGCCUGUUGGGGGAGGCAACUGUGCCAGGGAAUAUAGGGGGACAGGAGACCCGCCUAAGGCUCAGCCUCAGCCCCCAGCCCACCCUUGGGGAGAGUUCACUGCCUGGUAUACCCCUCUUACUUGUGCCCCCAACUUAAAACCAACUCAACUGCUGUUUCCAAAAUAAAGCCUCAGCUAGCUCUGCCAACCAAAAAAAAAAAAAAAAAAAAAA